CGAAGGGCCGAGCGGGGCUCGCGCUGCAUUCUGUCAGUCAGUGUGUGUGCGUUCGCGCGCGCCGGGUGAGCGCGAGCCAUGAAUCCGUUAACCAAGGUGAAGCUGAUAAACGAGCUGAACGCCCGCGAGGCCAGCCUGGGCGUCAAGGAGAGCGUCUCGUGGCACCAGGACUACAAGGACAGCGCGUGGCUGUUCAUCGGCGGCCUGCCCUUCCAGCUCACCGAGGGCGACGUGAUCUGCGUGUUCUCCCAGUACGGAGAGAUCGUCAACCUCAACCUGAUCCGAGACAAGGACUCCGGCCGCUCCCGGGGCUUCUGCUUCCUCUGCUACGAGGACCAGCGCAGCACCGUGCUGGCCGUGGACAACCUCAACGGCAUCAAGCUGAAGGGCCGCACCAUCCGGGUGGAUCAUGUGGCCAAUUACAAACCGCCCAAGGACUUCAAGGAUAUGGACGAGGUGACCAAGACCCUCAGGGAGGUGGGCUGCGGGGCACGGACUCCCCCACCGUCAUCAUCAUCCGAGGAGGAGGAAGAGGAGCCCCGCUCAAAGAGGAAGAAAAAGAAAGCUGUCCGCAACGAGAGCGGCACGGAUCAGAGAGCCCCCGCCAUCAAACAGGAGCGGGUAGACCCGGCCUAUGAUAAAUACAACCCCGCACAGACUGUGCGCAGGGACCCGGAGGAGGGGAGAGCCUCUCAUGGAAGGAGCCAUGGAAAGCACCCACCCCCAGAGAGACCCCGAGACCCCCAGCAGGAGGAUACCCACCGGGGCAAGGAGAGGAGGGAAGAGAGACCCACUCAGAGAGAGUGGAAGAGCAAAAAGAGGGAGCCUUACAUUUAAACACCGGACUGAUGGGGGGGGGGAGACAUUGCUGAUCUAAUGCACGGUUAGGACUACAUUAAAAAGGUUUUUUUUAUAUGAUGGUUGAAUAAAAGAAACAAUGCCGAAGUAUUCGAUUCUCUGGCCAUGUAUUUAGUUUUUCAAUAGGAUGCUCACUCCAUCUGGAAUUAUUAAUCAUAUUCAGUAUCUCUGCACGUGGAUUGGUCCAAGUUUGACUUUGUAAUCCAUCUCUGCACUUAAUCUCUCCAUACUGUGCCACUUGACUUUUAUAGAAUUUACCUUGGCUAUGAUCUCUCUACUUUAUUGUACUCUAUACCUGUCUUCAUGAUCAUACACCAUGUAUACAGUAAAAGGAAGAAUCCACACCCCAUUAUAACUGCAGUCUGCUCUAGUGGUUAGGUUGGCAGACGUGCAUUGCUGUCCCCCAUUUUAAGCAGUCAAACUAUUUUAGAGCAGUUUCUUAUUACUGGGGUCAUUCAGGCACCACUUCCUACACUACAACCUCAGA